AUGAACUCGCGGUGGACCUGGCUCCCGCCCGACGCUACGACCGAGUCGUGGGGCAGACCUACGGCAAUCCGCCAGCGCAUCUCUUUGGCGGAGCUCAAGGCUGGCGGGCUGGUGCAGGGGACGAGUACCACGGGCUACUCGUGCAGCGAGGCGAAGGCGGCGGGCUACUCGCUCAAGGAGAUGAAGGCGGCGGGCUACUCGUGCAGCGACGCAAAGGCGGCGGGCUACACGUGCAGCGAGGCAAAGGCGGCGGGCUACACGCCCUUUGAGUGCCGCGCGGCUGGCUACUCUUACGAGGAAGGUCGCGUGGCCGGCUAUCGUUGGGACAAGGACUAUUGGAAUGGAGGUUUUUGCGACCGCGCCUUUCGCGCCGCCGCCGCCGCUGCCCUGCCUCCGCGCUCGAUGGUGCUCGGCCCGCUCGUGAGCGCCUAUUCGCGGAGCCUCGCGGUGGCGCCGCUCCCCACCAAGAGCCUGCUCGCCGCGGUCAUCGCGAUUGGCGGCGACGCAGUGGCGCAGCUUUCCGAUGGCGGAGGCGCGGGCGAGGCCAAGGGCCUCGACGUGGAGCGAGCGGUCGCCUUUGGCAUCUUUGGCGCGAGCUACACGGGCGCGUUCCAGCACCACCUCUUCGACUGGCUCUCCUCCAACUGCCACGGCCACACCCUCGCGCGCCUCUGCUCCGCCUCUCCCGCCGCAGAGUGGGUCGGAUGGCUCGGGGCGGCGAUGGAGCGCACGCUGCUGAACCAGCUGAUCAUCAUCCCGCUGCUCUACCUGCCCUACUACUUUCUGGUCUCUGGCAUGGUCAAGGGCCACUCCCCGCGCGCGAUCGUCGCCUCUGCACGCCGCCGCUACCUGCCCCUCCUGCGCCGCAACUGGGCCUUCUGGGUGCCGGUCCAAAAAAUAACUUGGUAA